GCAGCACCCGCUGGGCUCUGAGAUAGCAAGCACUGCACCACUGCAGACUGCCAGGAGGAGGGUGGCACCCACUGCACACUGCCAGGAGGAGGGGGCACCUACUGCACACUGCCAAGAGGAUUGGGGCACCUACUGCACAAUACCAGGAGAAGGGGGCACCUACUGCACACUGCCAGGAGGAGGGGGCACCCACUGCACAAUACCAGGAGGUUGGCAUUUACUGCACACUGCCAGGAGGAGGGGGCACCCACUGCACAAUACCAGGAGGUUGGCAUUUACUGCACACUGCCAAGAGGAGGGUGACCAUCACUAAAGACUGCCAGGAGGAGGGGGCACCUACUGCAGUAAGCUCUGUCAGGAGGGUGGCAUUUACUGCAUAUUGCCAGGAGGAGGGUGGCAUUUACUGCAUAUUGACAGUAGGAUGGCACUCACUGCAAAUUGAGAGGAGGGUGGCAUUCACUGCACAUUGAGAGGAAGGUGGCAUUCACUGCACACUGCCAAGAGCCUGGAGGGUUGCACUCACCCACUACAGACAGCCCGGAGGGUGGCACUGACUCACUGCAGCUGGUAACUAAGAAACGUGAAUGACCGGAUCGUGAGAAUACUGGAUAUUGAUUAGGGAACAGAACGGAGUUUGCUAGUUUCUGGAGACCCCUGACGAGGUCUUCUCCCCAGAUUUCAAGGACAUCGCUGGCUCCGGGUUCAAGCUGGAUGUGUCUGUGGAAGUUGGUCUGGAUCUCUGAGUGACUGGAAGUUCCUGCUGGUGGGAGAGAAGAGACAAUCAGUAGAAAGGAAUCUGCUUUCGCAUUCUUCAGCCUUGCUGCAGCCUCACAAAUAAACAGGCACACAACAGGGAGGUGGGGCACCUUUUCACAAGGUACACUGUGCCCUUGAUGUGGUGUUUUUGCAUACCUCAGCCCGUCUGCACGAUUACACUGCCCUCCUGUAAAAAUCGUGUAAUGAUUAAGCCUUCCUCAGUACGGAUCUGAACAACCUGCCUAUCACAACAUCUUUGAGAUCCAGCAUUUUGAUCCAGGAUUGUUGGAAGUUACUUGGCCGACUUCAGUUGAUUACAGUACAGUAUUUUGCACGAAAAAAAGUCAGGAAUUGGAAUUCUUGGAUUUAAAUGUUAUUUGAUUAUCGGAUUCUGGACCAUGAACCUUUGUGAAGGACAAACUUGUGCGGUUGAUUUCAUCAGAAUUAAAAUUGUGCCAAAAGGAGAUUUUUAAAUUGUGAGUGACCCCAUCUUUCACAGCCACAUGCAGGGGGCACUCGGGGAAAAUAAGGUGGCGGACAGCAAUGUGAAAAAAAUCCUCAUGUCGUGUCUGAAAGGGCAGCAGGUAAUCAUUAAAAUGGAGACCAUGAAGAUCAUACAGGCUGAGAAGUUCUCAGAAUGUCAUAACUCUCAGCCGAGGUAUGGUCCUCCAACACGGAGAGAACCUCCUUUAGUUGCCAAACGUGCUUGGCCUUCAGACUCAGAGAUCAUAGUCAAUCAGGCUUGUGGAGACAUACAAACUCUGGAGAACACACCAAGCACAUUGGGUCUUCCGAGGACACCACCACCACCUCGACGGGAGAAGAUCUACCCAGGACCAAGGAAGGCUAGCACAGAGAUUUGUUAUCAUCGCAAAACCCCUUCAGACGAAGUCAUUGUCAAUCAAUACGUCCUCCAUCCAUCCACCCCCUGUGAACCUUUAGAGUGCCCAACAUGUGGGCACAUGUACAAUUUCACCAACAAAAGACCUCGUAUCUUGUCCUGUCUCCAUUCUGUGUGUGAGGAAUGCCUACAAAUCCUUUACGAGUCCUGCCCCAAGUACAAAUUUAUUUCCUGCCCAACUUGCAAGAGAGAGACUGUCCUGUUUACAGACUAUGGCCUGGCAGCCCUCGCUGUUAAUACCAGUAUUCUCAAUCGGCUGCCCACCGAGGCCCUCUCUGCAAACCCGGUGCAGUGGAGCACUGAAGCUGACCGCAGCUGCUACCAGACCUUCCGGCAGUACUGCGGAGCGGCCUGCACUUGCCAGAUCCGAAACCCCUUGUCCUCAUGUGCCAUCAUGUAACCUGGCAUUAGCCAUGCAUUCCGGGAAACCCUGGGGAGCUGUAUAUUAACGUCCAGUAUUAUAUUGUAUGGGAGCCAAAGCAAGUGCCAAGCUAGCUGGUCGGGUAUAUUGGACUCGGCACCAGGCUCUUUUCUAUAUCAUUGAAUCAGACUUGGGGACUGGCAGAGAUUCCCGCAUUUAUCAUCGUUUACAUCCUUCUGUCAUGCGACUUGGUAAAACUUGCAUUCUGUGUAGUCUGUCUCUCUUCCUCCUGUAUGCCCGAGCUGUCCCUCUGCUCCCUUCUUCUUUAUGUCUCUUUUCUUCGUACCCCUUGAAGGGGACAAUGCAUAUGAGCGUGGGUGGAGGGGUGCAGGUACACACUCUAAUAGUGAACUAUCCAUUCUUGUGAGUCCGGCAAGCACCAGCUGGACCCAGCACCAAGCACAACGACCCUUCCAGGUGUUACUCACAGGAACAAUGGGGAAUGUAGACAAGAGUCAUUGAUUGACUGGCGUCACGGACCACGCAACAUCAACUCCCCCACCUCCCCCCAAAAAACUCACAUGGAGGGGGUAGGUGGCUGCCACUUUUAUUCUGUCCAAAUAGUUUUGCCAAAGCUUUGUACCAGUAGCUGACUGAGACUGAAGCAGAAAAUGAAUCUAUUUUAAAUUAUUGUAUGUUCUAAGCAGAAGCAGCACGUCUUGCGUCAUCCACUUUGCAGGUUGUUCUUCCAUCUAAUGGGUUAACCCUUCCCCUACCGGCGUGUCCCAUGGUGCAUUGCAGAGCAAUACCUUGGGACACGGCGGCUGGCAGGGGAAGGGUUACCCCGUCCUCCAGCGAUGUGUUUAGGUGGGAGAAUCAUUGUGGACGUGUGUGUUUCAUUAUCUCUUGUUUAUGGGGUAACUGUGAUCAUAUCUGAUGCCCUGCUAUGUAAUAGCUUCCGCUGACAAGAGAUGAUUGUUGCUGUAGCGUUAGCUCUUCUGUCUAGUCACCAUCAAUUACAUAAAUGGCUACAACACGCA